GAGGUCCCAGGACGGGCGCGGGCGAUCGCGGCGAGCGGCUGGAGGGAGCGCGGCGGGCCGGGCAGCAUGACCGCCAUCGCGGUGCAGGCCCAGAGGCUGCUGGGCCAGCGGCGGCCCCGCCGGUCCUUCUUUGAAUCCGUCAUCCGGACCCUCAUCAUCGUGUGUGCUGCGCUGGCCAUGGUCCUCUCCUCCGUCUCCAUCUGUGACGGUCACUGGCUCCUGGCUGAGGGCCGCCUCUUCGGGCUGUGGCACUUCUGCACCAGCUCCAACCAGACGGGGCCGCACUGCCUCAGAGACCUGAGUGAGGCCCGCGUGCCAGGGCUGGCUGUGGGCAUGGUCCUGGCCCGCAGCGUGGGCGCCUUGGCCGUGGUGGCCGCCAUUUUCGGCCUGGAGCUCCUCAUGGUGUCUCAGGUGUGUGAGGACCGCCACUCCCGGCGCAAGUGGGCCCUGGGCUGCGUCCUCCUCCUCGUCUCGUUUGCCCUCUCCUCCGCGGGGCUCCUGAGCUUUGUGAUCCUCCUCAGGAACCAGGUCACGCUCACCGGCUUCACCCUGAUGUUCUGGUGCCAGUUCACUGCCUCCUUCCUCCUCUUCUUGAACGCCAUCAGUGGCCUCCACGUCAACAGCAUCAGCCAGCCCUGGGGCCGGCUGAGGGAGUUUUAGGCCCUCCUCCAAGGACAUCGGGUUCUACAAGAAAGUGGUCAAGACGUGACCUCUGGUGGGGGUAGGGGUGGGACAGUGACCUUGGAACUGCUGCCUCUGACCCAAUACCCUUUGGGUGGUCAGCCAGAAAUGGCCCAGGGCCCUGUGCCCGGGGCCAGAGGCCAGGAGCGUGCCUCCAUGCCACCAACUGCACAAGUGUAGCCAAGUUAUUAGGAUGCAGAUUGUAGAACACAUUUUAAAAUCCUUUUCUUGAAUCCUCCUUCCCAGGACGGGAAUAGAUUUGGAAGCAGCUCUGGUAACUGGUGCCUGGGCUGGCUGCGCAGCCAAGUGCUGUUCACACCUGCCGCCUGGCCCUGUGCUGGGAGACCAGCUGCAGGGUCCCUGGGGCCUCCGCGGUGGCUAAGAGUGGAUCGAUCGUCUUCCAGCUGAGGGUGUCCAGCCGGAGCCUAGGACUUCCUUCCACCAACUCAGGGGACCUCGGGGCACGCCUCUCUGCUUUAGCUUAGGCCAUGCCAGGGAGGCAGAAUGCAGGAUCCCCUCAGGAUUUCUUGCACCUGGUAGUUUUUCAAACCAUUUUACUUGAUUCGACCCCUGCCCUUUGGGGAACCCUAUACUCCUUGCAUAACCCCCCGCUUCCAGCAGCUGGCUGUCUCCUCUGGGGGCUCUGCCUGUGGGAUUCCUGCCUGACCUCUUUGGGAAGAGUUUUGGAGCAAGCCUUCCAGAAAAGUCCACCUGACUUCUAAUGCGCAGCGCUCCCUGAGGCAAGUGUGCGUGCCCAUCUUUGGUGAGGAUCAGGCAGCCUGAGGUGUACCAUCUCUGAUCCCAGGACACAUUCACAGAGCAGUGUCUGGAGCGGCUGGACCGUGGAUGAUGGUUAAACUGAAGAUGCACGCAGGUGAAGGGGACCAGGAACCAGUGAAGAUUCCCAUCCUCACCAGCAGAUCAGUGUCUGGGGCAUUAAAUGGCCCCCUUUCCAGUGCCUUUGUGCCCUCAGCCCACUUCACUCCACCCUAGCCCUCCCGCUCCCCUGCCUAAUGCAGUCUGGCCUGCCCUGGCUCAUUCUGGCUGCCAGUGGGUGUAUGAGCUUUUGGUCACUCACUUCCCCUUCCUGGGCUGGCCUGGGUGCUUGUACCUACCUCUUGUGUUUUAUAAAAUCUUUUAUUCCAAAAUG